AUCCUGAUUGGCCACAGCUAUCUAGGUCUUUCUUUUUGGUGUGCGCUCCCUGCCUCCCUCUCCUUCAUCCCUUCCUCUCCUCCCUUCUCUUUCUUUUUUCCCUUCCCACAACUCCCUCCCCCCCCAGCUCCCCACCUGCCCUCCCUCCCUCCUCCUCUCCCCUCUUUUCUCUGUUACUGUGCGGAUUUCAGCUUUGACCCAGCAGCAGCAGCAGCAGCAGGGAUGGGAGACUAGCAACAGAUGCUGAGCUCCAAGAUUUGUGUUCAUCGGCAACCUCCCUCCCUCCUUCCCCAUCGAAAGAGAACACAAAAGAAAAAGGCAAGUCUCCACAAUCCCAAAAGAGAGGAAAUGGCCGUGGCCGUUUGAACCAGAAAAUGAAACCCGAAAGCUCAACCGAGAGGCCGGAGGGGGUCAUCGGAGCUGCCGUUACUACUGGCUUAUCUCCCUCUCCCAGCAUGCCGGGGCCGGGGGCUGGCUCGGGGCCGGGGGCAGGCUCCGGGCCGGGGGCAGGCUCCGGGCCGGGGGCAGGCUCCGGGCUGGCUGCCCAGAAGGCUGCUUUUCUCAGGAAGGGCGCAGAAAGCCCGAGAGAAUGGACAGCGCUGGAAGGAAUCCAGGAGGGAGAUAGUAGGAAGGUGCCGGCCCGCCAGGGUAUCGUCUGGAGGAAUGUCAUCCUAAUGGCCCUGCUUCAUUUCGGGGCCCUGUACUCCCUCACCCUCAUCCCUAAGGCCCAGCUGCUCACUCUGCUCUGGGCAUACCUCUGUUUCCUCCUGACAGCCCUGGGAGUCACGGCUGGUGCCCAUCGCUUAUGGAGCCACAGGUCCUAUAAAGCCAAGCUGCCUUUGAGGAUAUUCCUGGCUGCUGCCAACUCUAUGGCUUUCCAGAAUGACAUCUUUGAGUGGUCGCGGGACCACCGAGUGCAUCACAAAUACUCAGAGACGAAUGCUGACCCCCAUAAUGCACAGCGGGGCUUUUUCUUUGCCCAUAUUGGGUGGUUAUUUGUCCGGAAGCACCAUGAUGUUAUUGAGAAAGGAAGAAAGCUAGAUCUCACCGACCUCCUUGCUGAUCCAGUUGUCCGACUCCAAAGAAAGUACUAUAAGACCACCGUAUUGCUCAUGUGUUUUGCCGUACCCACGUUGGUGCCCUGGUACGUCUGGGGAGAGAGUAUAUGGAAUUCCUACUUCCUGGCCUUCAUCCUCCGUUAUACCAUCUCCCUCAAUGUCACCUGGUUGGUCAACAGCGCUGCCCACAUGUAUGGCAACCGGCCCUUUGACAAGCACAUCAGUCCCCGGGAGAACCCAUUUGUCACUUUGGGUGCCAUCGGUGAAGGCUUCCAUAAUUACCAUCACACCUUCCCAUUCGACUAUUCUGCCAGUGAAUUUGGCUUAAAAUUCAACCCGACCACAUGGUUUAUUGACUUCAUGUCCUGGUUAGGGCUGGCCACUGAGCUUAAACGGGCUCCCAAGCAGAUGAUCCAAGCCCGUAAAGAGAGGACUGGAGAUGGCAGCGCUUGACUAUUAGAUCUUUAUCCAGAAUAUAUACCAUUUACGUAUUGGUUCUUUAUUUUGGGCAAUGUCGUCUUGAUGUUCAUUUUAUGGGGAUGGGGGGAAAAUUGUUGUGGUUUUAUUUUGGGAAUUAUUUAUUUUAAGAAUCAACUUGUCUAAUGUCUCAAAUCAAACUCUUCAUUGAAAUGUAAGAGGAAAAGUCAGCAAAGCUGUUAUUUAAUGUUAAUGUUCCAAGAUGUAAGAUAUGGAAUAGUCUUUGUAGUUACAUGUCAAAUGUACAGUCAAACUUUUUUAUAGUCUUGAAUCUGACUAGAUGAAGGAAUUGAUUAGUCUUUCUAAAUUAUGGUGAGCAUUAAAAAAAAUUAGUGACUAAUCAAACGUAGUUUUUGAAACAUAUUACAUGAAGAAUCCAGUAGGCAGAGUGAGAAAACAAAAAAAGGCAGGGGGUUAAGUAUGCUUUUGAAGAAAUUUUAUUCAGGGAAUGGGUUUGCUUUGUUUUCUUUAAGAAAGAGAGAAAUUAGGUAAAAUAAUAUAGAAGAGAAGAAGGAAAAUGGCUUAAUUAUUUUUUUACCCUUUUCCUAAGCUUAUUUCCUUCAGUUUCUUUGAUAAUUUUGUUUUUUGCUCUGCAAACCUUGUGUUUAAAGCUAUACACCCAGCUGGUCUUGUAAAUUGUGGCUCUUCUCAUAGUUAUGGUCUUUAUUUAUAUAGGAAACUAUUCCCUCUAUCAAUGUGGUUUGGCACCUUUCUGCAAUUUCUAAUGUUGGAAAGGUACCCAGAGCACUCAGAGGUGACCAGGGUUACACAACCAUUAUGUGACAAAGGUAGACUGAAAUCAAAGCUUUCCUGGCUUGGAGGUGAGCUUUCGGUCUACUACUCCAGUCUGUCUUUUAUCUAUUCUCAUUGCUAGUGUCUUGUGCAAAUAUGCCUGGUGCCAAAUAAAGUCCUCAUUUAAAUGUUGACAGAGCUGGUUUAUAGUCUAAUCAAUCACAGUCAUUGGUGCAUGGGCACUUCACCUACUCUCUCAAAGUAAGUCCAUUUAUUUUCCACAUCAGGCAAUCAGAUCAUAAUUAACUGGCAUUUAUCUAGAAUUCAGUGUCUACUAAUGUUUAAGUGCAUGCAGCAUUCAUUAAGUUAGCGUCAGAAUAUUAAAUGAUGAUUACAUAAUGAGCUUCUGGGUUUUUUUUUAAAAUGUGUGACAAGUUGCCUGGUAAGGAGCAUGUUGAAUUAAUGGAGCUUAGUGCCCUUUGUGUUACAUGUUAGCAAGCACAAGAGAAAAGCCUUACAUUGCUGGCAUUUGGAGCACUUUGAAAACAACUAUUUUUAGGAAGGAUGUAGAAUUUUAAAUUUAACAUUUUUUAAAGAAAUUAUUUCAAUAUGAAAUUGUCCUUAUAAUGUACUUGACGCAGAAAGUAUUUAACCGUGUUCAUUUGUCCAUUAAUGGUGUGUAAGUUUCAGAGUGAUUUACAAUAAAUGCUUAUGAAUUA